CGUUGCACGAAUUGACUGGAAGGCAACCAUGGCAGAUGAUAAAGAAGUGACAGAAAAAGAGAUGGAGAAUGCCAAAACAGAGGAGAAAGAUGAGGAUACUGCUAAUGAUGGUCCAGGAACUCCACGUUCAGGUCAGAAAACUCCCACCAAAUCAGUUGGGUCUCCAUCACCCUCACGGAAAAGUAAUGGCAGCAAGCCGGUUAGUCCCACCCCUAGCUCCAAGAGUGGGGGGCGAGCGUCAAGAGUCAGUGACAAGUCAGUUGCCAAAUCAAGACAAGGAAGUUCUAAGAUGAAACGCAUAGAAGGUUCUUCCAAGUCCCGAUCUUCUGGUGAGGCAGAGACAAAACCUGAUGCUGGAACCAUUACUGACUACGCUGUCUUUCCCACAGCAGAAGAUGGCCUGCCAGAAGGUGGUGUACCAUUCUUUAUGACAUCCAAGACCCAGGAGAUUGUCCAGUGUCGGGCAGAUGAGGAUGUAACUGCUGAUAAGCCGUUCAAGCUGGUGAAGAAACAGGACAUUCUGGAUGAUAUGAUGACACGUGCAGGUGUCAGUGACUUCACACCUCUGAAAAAAGAAAUCAAUAGUUAUCCGGGUGAUGAAAUUCUAAUUGGACUGGAUGCAGACUUUGUCUUUGGUCAGAACUACAUCUUGAUCCUGUCAGAAGAGACCAAGAAUGUGAUGCUGACACCUCCUGUUGUAGAGGGAGAAGGAAGUGAAGCAGCUGCUGAUGGAGAUAAAGAGGUGGAAGAUGACACCGUGUAUGAUUACGUACCUCCAGAACCUAAAGAGUGGAUAUCACAAGGGAGUGAAAUGGAAAUUGAGGAAGAAGCAGUGCAAGAAACAAGAAGAAGGAUACAAAUGUCUAUCCGACGCGUCAGGCGUGAAUUUGGGGCUCCUAUUUCCUUCAGUGAUAGGAAUGUUGCUGAUGCAAAAGAUGGAUAUGUUGAGUGUUUGCCUUUUGAAGAUAAAACCUUUGACCUGAAGCGUCUAGAACUGGACAAGAGUAUUCAGGCCAUACCUGAGUUUAGAGAGUCAACCACCCAGACAAGCUGGAAGUACCCACGCCGUGUUAACACCCAAUACUACCCUAGAGAAUUCACUGAAGAGGAGAAAAAGGAUUUGGAAUCUUCCGAACAACUGCAAAACUUCAUAGAGGGUGUCACACCAAGGUUUGAACUAGCCCUUCAGCAGAAUGAGAUAGUUGAUGUUUUUUACGAUGAUUGGAUUAACCUCGGAGAUGGAGAUGACACAUUUGGUAGCAAGGCUGACAACCAUCUCAAGGAGUACCAGUCUUUUACAGACCUGCAGUUCAGCAAAGACAAGACUGUCACUCACAUUGAGUGGCAUCCUGUCAUCAAAGGUGUAGUAGCUGUCAGUGUUGGCCAGAGGAUGUCAUUUGAUGACAAAAUUGAUCAUGCUGCUAAAGUCAUUAUGACUCCCUCGCUGAUCCUCAUCUGGAGUUUUACUGAUCCAAUCCAUCCUCAGCUACUAUUAGAAGCACCUGACGACAUUUUGUGCUUUAAGUUUUCGGCCUCAGACUCGAACAUCCUUGCAGGAGGUUGUCGUAACGGUCAGGUUGUAUUGUGGGAUAUCACAGCUCAUGUUGACAGGCUUAAACAACCACGUGGAGGAAACCGCAAUAAGCGAAGCAAUGUCCUGCCAGGAUUUGAGGAUGAGAAUGCCUUCAAGACUCCAAUUAUUCGAUACUGUGCUGUGUCAGGGAUUGAGCACAGCCAUAAAGCACCCAUCACUGAUAUCAUCUGGCUUCCAGAUCACUUUGAGGUAAAUCGUAUGGGGGUUCCUGCGGAGAACAGACAGCUUACGUCUUGUCAGCUGAUGACCUGUGCUGCAGACUACUGUAUACUGUUUUGGGACACACGUGCUCCAAAGAGCUCACAGGCCACAGAAGAUAAGGGCCCUAAGAACCCUCUAGGGGUGACACAGCCAUUUAAACAUCUGGAUCUCACCUGGAAACCCAUGCUCAAGGUGACACUUCACAAGUCUGAACCAGGGGGAGAUCACAGUCCAACAAAGUUUACCAUCCAAGAAAGACAGGGGGAUCGCUCAGCAUUGUCAACAUCUGAGGGUUUGGAAAGAGAAAAUAGUAACACAGGCUCUGGUGGAGGUUACAGUUACAACAAACCAGGCUCUGCCAAAGAGAAGCGCACGCUCAACUCCGUCAAGACACAUUUCUACGUGGGAACAGAGGAUGGUGAGCUGGUGUAUGUAGACUGGAUGCCUCAGAAAGAUCAGGACACUGGAAAAGUGCAGACUCCCAAACCUGACUACUAUCAUUCCCUCCAUGAUGGUCCAAUCAUCAGCCUUCAGAGAUCCCCGUUUUUCAAGGACAUCAUUCUGUGUGUUGGAGGAUGGACCUUCACUCUAUGGAAGGAAGGAGUCAGUAGUGGGCCUAUCUUGCACUCAGCAGCAAGCAGUGUGCGCUUGUCCGCUGCUCAGUGGUCCCCGUCCCGUCCAGCCGUGUUCUACAUCGCUCGUAUGGAUGGCAGCGUUGAUGUAUGGGACCUACUGGAUAAAACUCAUGAGCCCUCUCUCAACCAGAACGUGUCUUCUGCUGCUAUCACUGACAUCUACCCAUUCCAAGUCUCUCAGAAGCAGCAUUUGCUAGGUGUUGGGGACAGCUCGGGAACACUGCACAUCAUGGAGAUCCCCUGGAGUCUCAAACAUCCCACAACUAAUGAGUUGACGGGAAUGACAAAUUACCUGGAGAGGGAAGUGAAAAGGCGGGCAUUUGUGGUACAACGAUGGGAUUUCAGGGAACAAGAGAAGAGAGAACUAGAACAAGAGCAGAAGAGGAAAAUGGGCAUUGCCCCUCAGGUUCAGCUCACAGACGAGGAGGUGGAAAUGCGACUGAAAGCAGAGUAUCAGCAAUACGUUGAGGAUGAAAGUAACUUCCUGCGGGCUCUGGGACUGAAGGACGACACUGAAGAACUCAUACCAGAAUCUGCUUGAUAACAUUUGCAGAACAUCUAUGGGAGCUCAUGUGAGGGGAGAUAAUCCUCUUCAUCUCCUUGAAACACAAGGUCCGAUGCAUAUUUGUACAAAGAUCUCAGCAUGAUGUCAUUCACCUGUACGUUUCCUCAUGCUUGUAAAAUGGAAAUGAGUUUUUCCAGGUUAAUUUUUAUAAAAAAAAAAUCCAUUCACCAGUUUGUCAAGUUUUUAAAUGUUGUUGAUCAUCAGAGUAACUGUUCCUCUAUUACAUUGUGUUUUCAGGUUUUUGUCAUAACAUUAUAUAAAUUUAUAAUUUUUUCUUCCAGCUGC